AUCCUGCCGUUUUACGCAGUACAGUAGCACGGUACCGUCAGUUGUAGUAGCAUGCCGUCGAUUGGUGCGCAUUACCACCUUCCAACGCCGUCCACCAGGGCUUUCCCGAGCUCGUUUCGGCCCCAAGACAACACCGAAGAUGACUAUGAAGCCUACGGUGCCGAUCGCCACGCCGCCGCGGCGCUGAGAGGCCUUGUCGUUCGCUCGAAAGAUGAAAAUGCCAAGACAGAACCUCAAAUUUCGUCCCCCGACGUUGAAAUGGUGGCCAAACCUGCUAAAAAGAAGCGAAUCUACAAGAAACGGAAGGCCACACACACGAUUCGCAAAGAGGAGAUGCAGACGCUCGAAAAGGAGAUUGAAAUGCUGCAAAAAGAACUGGAAAUGCUGAAAUUAAAGACCAUGGUGGAACAAGGCGACGAGUCCCAAUCCGACAAGAAGCGCAGAGCUAAAACUGCAGUUCUAAGAGAGGCAGUCCAAGAGCAGCACUUGGUACUAGCCAGAGCGCAGGCGAUGGUAGCAGGCCACUCGCAACAGUGUUUGUAUCGCGUCCAUCCGACAGAGAUGAGAAUUUGUCUUGGAAGAGAUAAAGACGACAGAAUGAGGACGUUAAGUGCCUUGAGAGGACCUAAACUGAACGAAGCUAGGCGAUUUUUAAUGGAAAGGAUGCAGGGCUUGAGUCCUACAGCCCCGUAUUUCCAGGAAGAACGGUACGAUACUAUGGACGGGGAUUACUGCAUUGCACGGUUCGAUGUGACCCCAUUCAGAGGAGCCAAAGGAGGGGUACAGGAAGUGUUUGCAGCAUUGCAACAAGCUGUGUUUAAUGCCGAGAUCAUUAUUUCCGAGUCGUCGGGGAAUAUUACUAUUCGGGAGGAUGAUGAACUGGGAGACGAGAAUUUAUCACACAUGCGCUUUGUGUCACAAAGUUCCUUGGGCAUACAACUUGAGACAAACCUCGUGUUGUUCUCGGACUGCGCACAGUAUCAAACAGAAGACACUCGAUUCGCUGAAAAUGGUCGAUACGCGAUCAUGGCGUCGGAUUUUGUGGAUCAAGACGAGAGAUACCCGUACAGGCCGAAUGAACGCAUUAGACGGGACUCCACGACUGUCACGAUGGUCACGUCGUAUCGAGAUAGUAAAGGGGGUGAAGAUGAGCUUGUGGUGGUUGUCACGCGAUGGGCGCUGAACAUUGUGAGACAUCCUGCUAUGACGGUAUCUGGUCAGGUAUUGGAUGAACUGCGGAAUUCUCACGUACGGUGGGCGGACUUGAUGUUUAAUUGCGUACGUCAAGCGCUCGGACUGCCGAUAGCGCAAUAGAGUGUGGAGCUGCAAGAUUCCGCGUAAUAGCGACUUCAAAAGCGACUAACAUCAAUAGAGUUCC